AUGGGAAAUACCAUCAAUUCACAAACUGGUAGUCCUUCACAUGCCAUAACUGACCUGUCCAAAAUUAAUUCUUCAGGAUUAGUGGCAAGUAAUCACGCUUUCUAUCAUCACAGCUCUCCUAAUUCCUCCAACAGAAGUUCCAUGUCUUCAUCUGAUCAAUAUCAUUUUCAAAAUAAUUUUGUUUCGAAUAAUAACGGCAAUUUGGGAAGCGGACAUUUAGAAGUUUCGUCUCAAUUUCUUCAUCAAUUAUCACCUUCAAUGAUGGAAUAUUACAAUCAAUAUCAAUGGAAUGGUGGAAAUUUAUUUACAGAUGAUCAUGAAGAUUAUGAUUUGAUUGUUGACAUGGAUGAUCCUUCUCCUCAUCAUUUGACACAUAAGGGAUGGUCAAUUAAAUUGUCAACUGAAUUGGAAUUGAGAAUUUUGGAUAGAAUAAGAGAAUCUAUGAAUCAAGCAGCUGCUCUAGCUCAUCAAGAACAGAAUGAACAUAUUUAUCAUAGUAUUCAAAAUCAAAUGACACAAAAUUCGAAUCAUUCCUAUAUUAAUACUCAGGCAAUUAUUCCUGGAGUGUUGCCAACUGCAAGUGCCAUUCAAAAUGCACCUUCUAGACCUCCAUCUCCUAGUUUUGCAUGUGGAGGAUUGCCAAGUAAUAAUACAGCAACUGAUCAUUCAGAUUUGUCGAGUGCUUCAGAUGGUGAAUUGACUCCACGUGAUUCAAAUGUUGAUGAUCCAUUCAGUUCAACUGCCAAUCCAUCAAAUUCUUCUAGAAAGAAGCAUCGUAAUCGUCGUGAUCAUCACUAUAUCAAUUACUUUGCUGAAAUUGAACACAAAUUCACACAACAACCAAGUUGUGUUGUCAGUGUUUUGGGAUUUAAGAAUAGUGGAAAAACUCACUUGUUGAAUGAGUUGAGUGGAUCUGAUUUGAGAGUUGGAUUGACUCAGAGUACUCCAGCUCUUUGUUUCAAAGUUCCAAAGAAUAAUCAAGGAAGAGAUUGGUUACUUGUUGAUACAAUGGGAUUGAGAGGAGCUGUCAGAGUGGCAGAUGUCAAGAGACAAUUGAGAGAAAUUCAAAAGGAAGGAAUGGUUCCUACCUCUGAUGAGAUUAUCGUUCAUGAAAAUCAACAAUUGACAGCUUCAAAAAAGAUGCCAACUACUCCACUCUCAUCCACAAGCACUCAACAACAAAUGUGGAUCGAUCCAGAAAUUAUUCAACAGCAACAAUGGAAUGAGGCCAUUAAGAGAAACGUUCGUGAGAAGAGAAUGCUCGAAGAUACCAUUGAGGAAGUUCUGUUGAACAUGUCUCACUUUAUUCUCUACGUUGUAAAUGAAAUGACAUGGGAAGAACAUGAGAAAUUGUACGAUUUAUUGAAUAGGAGAGAUACUGGUAUUAAUCCAACCACUGGAAAACCAAGAAAGAUUACCGUAGUAGUCGUUCACAAUUUUAAAGAGUGUGAAACUUUGGAAGAUUUCAACAAGAUGGUUCAGAGAUAUGUUGUCGAUGCCUUCCCUGGAGAAUUGAGAAGUAAGGAGGUGAAUAUUGUGAAUGGAUCCUCUUCGAAUGGUCAGAACAUUACAGUUGGAUUUGCUCCAUUCUUUACUUCUGGAAGUGGAAAUCGAGUUAUUAAUCAUGUCUUUUUGGCAAAGAAGGACUCUGAAGUUGGACAAAAGUACAAUCAAUUGACCUAUGCUUUGAUUCGUAUCUGGUUGGCUUCUCAAUCUACUGAGAGAAUUCACUGCAUGACUUCAUACUUGACCAGUCACAUUCAAGCAGCUCUCCAAAAUCACAUUACCAACAUUAAGGAUGUUCAAAUGAAUUUCAAGAUCAAGAAGAGCGUAUUGGAUGAAAAUUCAUUGAACAAUUCAAUUACUCAAAUUUUGAAUUCAACUCAACCAUCAUUAAGCAUUACCUCAUCACAUCAGAAUUCAUCGAUGAGUGGUGGCAGUAGUAGUAGUAGUGGAGGUGGUUUAUUGAGCUCGUGGUCUUCCAUGAUUAGAGGAAGUGAUAAGAAGAGCACCAAUCCAGCUCAAGUUUUGGUUCCACCAUCGAUUGGUGAAUUUAUUUUGAAAUUUUUACCAGAAGAUGAUUGUCAAUUACAAUAUUCAAGUGAAUCAGAGUUUAAUAAUGGAAGUAAUUCAAAUGUUGUGGGAAUGUACACUGGUGGUCAUAAAAAUGAUAAACAAUAA